GUUUCUUAAUUUCAAGAAGAGGAAGAAGGUUCAGGAUGGGACUGUUUACAUUUUGAGAAAUAAAUUUGUGCUGUGGCUGUUAUUUACAGUCAACACCAUCCUGUAUCGUCUACGAUUAACCUAGAAAAUGUCUGUGUGAAUAAGUUGGAGAAGAACAGCAACCGAGAGGUGGACGGACGGGCAGAAAGAAUUGGAUUCACCUGGGCAGUUGUACCUGGUUCUCCCGCGAGUGGAGGGAGAUGACGUCAUCACCACCAGUGUUGGCGACGCCUACGCGCUAAAUUUGAAUUUAGUAUCCUGCCGCUCGUGGAAAUCACGGCUCUAUAAUUGUUCGGUUUGAGGCGACUUUAUCUCCCGAGAAUAACUCAGCAGGCAACAUCAUUAGAAGUUUUCCUUUUUCGCUACAUGGGCAUUUAAACUGUGGAGGAGUAGAUUUACUAUGGACCUCCUUUGUACUGAUAUUGGUCAGAGCUUCUGUUUUUCAUGUAAAGAUAUGUAGAAGUCAUGAAGAUUUUGGACUCGGCUGGAUUGUAGGCAGAAAAGUGAUCUUUGUGUGCCCUAUUCAUUGUAUAAAGUUGUUGCAAUAAUUUUGUAAUGAAGUGAAAGUAUAUAGUGAAUCAGUUUUUUGUAUUUUAUAUAAUUAUUAUGAGUACAUAGUCAUGUAUUAUUCAUAAGGUAGAGAGAUGUGGUAUUUAGCUUGAAGUACGUAUAGCAGAGAUUGAGUGUGAUUGUUUCAAAUAGAUAUUACUUAUUUUUAUUAUAUUAUGAUUAUGCUCUGAACCUCCUCUUGUGUAGUUCCUUCUGUGUAUUAAAUUUUGUUAAAGUUACAUGUUUUGAGAAUGACAAAAUGUUCAAGACAAUUUGGUGGGAAAAUAACUAAAGUUUAGGUAAGGAAAGUAACUCAAUGUUUGGUCUAAAUUUCUGGAAGCUUUAGUGUAGUUUCAGGGGCCAAAAUGAACCUUUCAGAUUGGUCAGGGAUAAUCACUUGAAGUCAUUUCAUAAGAUAAAGGAGUCUUUUUCAAAUUCAGUAGUGAGUAACUGAUAUACAUUUGUGACAGAAAAUUUGUUUGAUUUGAUAGUUUUGCUAAAUAGAAAUUAGGAUUUUUAUUAACUGGUACAAGAUAUUUGACAGAAUCAUGUUAGGAGGAACAGAGUUACCAAUAUGUAAUGUCAUGGUUUAUAUAAUAUUCAGUGAAGGAAGAAUAUAGAUUAAAAUAAGAAGAAAAAGCUGUGAUGGGAAUAGUACAUAAUAAAUAUUGAAACUAGUACAUAAACUUGAAUACGUAAUGUUAUUAAGUGAAGGAAUUGUUUCACAGAAAUAGAUUCACAUACAUUCACCAAGAAUGCAUUCGUCACCGACACUAUCAUAGCAUGAAUGAAGUAGAAAUUUCUGCAAAUGAUUACAGAAGUGACAACUAAGAGAGAUGAUGAAAAACUUAUAAUCACCAAAUCCUUGUUAUACUGUAUUGAUUUCUUCUAUCAACAAUGGAUUCUGACCGAGUUGUGGAAGAGUUAGGUGAUGAUAUAAACAUUGAUGAUAUAUUGCAGUCAGUGCCAUGGGCUCAAAUUCCAAACAUAAAAAAGAUUAAAUUAUUUGUAAUUAAAAAAGAUUCAAGGAAUGACCUACCUAUACCUAAUGAAAAAAUGCACUACUUAACUGAAACUGCUGGAACCACGUGUACUAUGAGAGAGGGUUUUCCACUAGCUCAUACAGGUCAUACAGAAGAGGCAGAAACUGUCAAGUAUAUAGAACCAGACUAUGUGAAUGAAAUGGAAUUGCCCCUAACUAAUGAAGUGACUAUAGAUCCAAAGCAGAUGAGGUGUCCAUUGAUUGAUCUGGAAACUGCUGAAAUGAGCGACAAAAGGUCUGUAGUAGCUUUAGACAGCUGUGUUUCAGGAGGCUUGGGUUUUCAAACUGUAGACACCAAAGCCUAUCAAAGAAAUGAUGUAGCACUAGUUGAUGUUGAGGGUGAUCGUGUGGUAGAAGUUGCUGAAAGUGGUCAUGUGGUAAAAUUUCCUGAAGGCGAUCAUGACAUUGUUCCACAAAUAGUACUUAAGCCUUUACUAAUGUUAGAAAAUAAAGGAACAGAAUUUGCCAACAAGAUAUCUACCAUUGACGACACAGAAGAAAAACUUGGUAGCAUUGUUUGCAGGACUCAAGGAAGAUUACUAAACUCAGAUGCUUCAUUGGGCAAAUUAAGUACAAUGUGCCCACUCUGUUUUAAGGCAAUCCCAAGCAAAAUGAACCUUCAUAAACAUUUAUUGUGGCAUUUACUUGUAAAAAAUGCAAAUAACAAACAGUUUGUUGACCCUUUAGCUGAAGAAGAAUUUAGUUCAGAUUGGCUUAGUGUCGAGAACAAAUCUUUUGAAGAGUUGCUAAACGAAUGUAAACAGCAUCUCAAAUCCAGUGAUGGAAUAUCUUGCAUGUUGUGCUUUAAAAACUUUGAGUUUCACUAUGACAUUACUCAGCUGAUAGAUUUGGUGGAUUUUUCAGUUCCACCAAAGUGUGUAAAAUGCCUUGAGCAGUUUAAUGAAACUUCAAGUCUAGAAAUUCAUGUAAAACAGCAUUUAGGUUCCAAACCCUUCGGCUGCUGUGUUUGCUGCAAAAUCUUUGAAGAUGUGUCAGAGGUCAAACUGCACAUGGACAGCCACAUAUUCCAUACAUAUGGGAAAGUUUUCCAAUGCAGGUAUUGCCCCAAGCUUUCUUUCACAGAAGAAGAUAACAGAGAUCAUGAAUUAUGUCAUGUAAAUGCUUCUAAUAUUUGGAAAUUUUCCCCUAAAUUAACCGGCCAAGAAGUGGCAAGAGGUCAAAAUGAAACGGCAGUUGAUCAUUGCUUUAAUUCUAUAUAUUCUUAUGUGUUUAAUUUCGAAAAAAAAUUAACCAAUUGUGGGAGUGCUUUUGAAGUGGUGGAUGAAAUGUCUAAAUUUAAUAAGUUGGAAAAGUCAUCUUGCAAUGAAAAAUUGUUACUAGAAGGGGAGCUUAGAGCUUUAACAAGUGUAAUUAACUUGACAAAGGAAAUUGGUGAAUUGUUAAGUGAGGGGCAGAGUACAUCUCGAGGGAGCGAUGUAUUUUCAGAUAUUAAUGGACAGUUGAUCGCUUAUGAUCAGGUACUUUCAUCAUCUUAUGGAAGUAUUUUGAGUAAUCUUCAUAAGAAGAAAAUUUGGUGCAACUACUGCAGACAGUCAUUUCCAGAUUUGGAAGAGCUGAGUUCACAUAAAGCCAAGUACCAUGAAACACACAGAAUAUUUUCUUGUGAAGAUUGCCCUGGAGAAUUUGACUCAAUGGAUUCAUUAUUUGAACACAGAAAUACCCAUGGAAAGGUGCAUUUACAUAUGUGUCCAAUGUGUGAUACACAUUUUAAUUACAAGUUUGACGUUACCCAGCACCUGAAAGUUCAUUUUGCUGCCAUUCUGAGGCGUUGUCCUGAAUGUGGUAUACAGUACAAAUUUCAUAGUCAGCUUGCAGAUCAUAUGCAAACCCACAUUGAAAUUAUACCCUUUCUUUAUAAAUGUAAGGCAUGUAAUGUUUUUUUUACAGGCAAUGAUCAGUUGACAAAACAUACAUUACGUGUGCAUUCAGUUGAAAGGCUAUACGAGUGCUCAGUUUGUGGUAAAAGGUUUUUCAAGCAGAAUGUUUGGUUGCUACAUGUUAAAAGUCAUAUCAGAAACAAAUUUAGGAAGAGUCUUAAGGGAAUGGACUUGUAUAAACCCUGCAAGUGGUCUAAGAAAAAAGUAUUCAAUGUUAAGAGUAUGUGAAGGUAUAUAAUAUUUGUUAAAUUGUGUAAAGAAACAGAGUAUGAUAACUAUGAUGUAAUUUGCACUUGCAGUGUGAGGAAAAUUUGAAAGUCUUUUACUUUUCGCUUCUUUGAUUUAUGGUAAGUUUAAGAAAGAGUUGUACUCCUUACCAUUGAUGUUGCUUGUAAUUCUUAUUUAGUCCAAGUUAGAAAGUUAAUGUUGACUCUUUCAAGGGUUUGUUGAGAUAUUACAGAUUGCUUGCUGGAAUUCAUCACCUUCUCUUUAUAAUAUCUUACAUUUCACCAAAAUCUUAAUACACAAGAAUCUUAGUGAGAAAAUGCGUUCAUGCAAAACAUUGCAAAAUGGAAAUUUUGAGCAUUUUUGUACUGCAUUGGUUGUUGUUGUCAUUAUCUGUAAUAAUUCUCAUUGCUUUUCUUUCCCAAAAUUACUGAGGCAUAAACUAGCUAGUUUUUGUUUUUAAAUUUUAAUAUUGGAACCUUACAAUUCGUAAUUGAGGCAUGUUUAUACAAUAGUUACUUCAACCAGAAAUGCUGCACUGAAUUUUAUGUAGCCCUUGAAAUGAAGGAUAUUUCAUGGAUCUCAAAUUAUUGGUUACUGACAUUGGGUGUUAGGUUUAAGGUGGCCUUUUCACAAUCAGCGUGCUCUGAAUGGUUGGUUUUAGAUUUUUAUUGUCUGCAUGAAUCCAUUAAUUUGUCUAUAUUUAGUUUUGGAGUCACCAUUGCACCAGUGCAAGUUUUUGGAGGUUUUCUUGUUCAACAAUCAAAUUGAAUGAUUUAGGAAAAUUUUUUUGUUUUAGUUUUUAAAAGAAUCACUAGAACUUGGUGUUUCAACAACUUACCAAGAAGCUUAGGGAAGAUUAUUUUGGUAUCAUUUCCUAAUUUCAUAUUUAAUGGUGUGUAGAAGGUUUCUGAGUGCAUCAUCUUAUGUAAGUACUGUAUUUUCUCCGAAAUAUGUACAUUGUAAAAUUAUCUAUGUGAUAUGGUUGUUUAUACUCAUUUGAUAAAAGAUAUUUUUGCAUACCUAGUUAAUGUAAGGGUUUUUGAAAGGCAUUUAAAAGUAAGAAAGAACAGUAAAUUUAGAGAUUAUAAGGAACUACAUCCUGAGAAAUUAAUUUUAUUUCAUAAAAUACCAUUGCUUGUACACAUCCUAUUUGUGUGUCCUCAUUAUCAAAAUAUGCUGCUCAAUAUGGCUGAUGAGUUUUUAUGAGAAAUGUUUAUUUUAAGUUACAUUAUUCUGUUUGCAGCAAAUUAGUCAGUAAUGUUUAGUAAAAAAUGAUAGAAAUGCACAAAUUGGCUGUCUGAAAGUAACAGGGUUUUAUUUGGAAAAAUUAAAUUUUGUUUAAAGAAAUAGCAGCUAAAUGUCAUUUAAACAUUUUAGAGAAUGAACAUUAUACUCCAUAGAAGCUGAAUUUGUAAAUAUGUAAUGUGAAUUUGGAAUUCAUAAAUUUUAGUGCAUUUGAACUUGAAUAAAUUUUUGUAAUCAAA